CAAAAAAGUAUAAUGAUGGAAUUGAGCUAUAAUUCCUUUUUUCCACACAGUGGACUCUUGUGAGCAGAAGAAAGCAACAUUGCAUCAAAUGCUGACCACAACCAGUUCUGCUGAUCUAAUUAACGUGGAAUUUACAAUAGCCUGCACAGAGGAGUCACACACUCACAAUCACCAUCAUCAUCGUCAUCAUCGUCACCGCCAUCACCAGCACCGACACCGACACCAGUAAGCUCAGCAUCAGCAUCAGCAGCAACAAAAGCAGCCCGGACAGCGCUGACGCACACCACCUUCCUGUGAUGGAAAUCUGCGACUGGAGGCGGAAAACACCGGGAUGCUCCUCCAUGGGCGCUGAUUCCCGAUGAUCUUCACAUGCUCCGUGUUUGAGAUGCGCAGCAGACGGAGACCUGGGAGCGGAGUUCCUGCUGCAGGGUGCCGCAUUGCCUGGCCGCUUCGUGGAUAGACUGUGUCGUGUAGUGUUCACGGUGUGACUUAAUGGCGGGGUUUUAAUAGUGAUCACUGAUUUAUUUAUUUAUUUAUUUGUAUAUAUGGAUGAACGAAGGGAUUGUUUUUUCCCCCCCGUCUGGAUACACAUCCUUCCUGUAUAUGCGGUCUGACCGGCAGAUUUUUCUUCUUUAACGCACAAAGACAUCCUUUUUUUUUUUUUUUAGAUUUGGGAGAAAUAACCUCCCGUGCGUGUGUGGGUGAGUGAGGUGUGUGUGUGAGUUUGAGUGUGUGUGAGUGUGUGUGUGUAAGAGAGAGAGAGAGAGAGAGAGAGAGAGAUCUCAGGACGGGAUCUAAAGUGGUGUUUUAUUCAGGACGCGGACACAAAUUCUUGGAUUUCCCUUGGAGUCGGUAAGUGUCCUGGCGCGAUGACUCAUUUACAGGCGGGUCUGUCCGCCGAGACGCUGGAGAAGGCCAAGGCGGAGCUGAAGGAGAACCCUGACACCUUGCACCAGGACAUCCAGGAGGUGCGGGACAUGAUCAUCACGCGGCCCGACAUCGGCUUUUUGCGCACGGACGACGCCUUUAUCCUGCGCUUCCUGCGCGCGCGCAAGUUCAACCACUUCGAGGCGUUCCGUCUGCUCGCCCAGUACUUCGAGUACCGCCAGCAGAACCUGGACAUGUUCAAGAACCUGAAGGCCACAGAGCCUGGCAUCAAACAGGCCCUCAAGGACGGUUUUCCUGGAGUGCUGUCUAAUCUGGACCGACAUGGCAGGAAGAUCCUGGUCCUGUUCGCUGCCAACUGGGAUCAGAGCAGGUACACCUUUGUGGAUAUACUGCGAGCGAUUUUGUUGUCGCUGGAGGCCAUGAUUGAAGACCCAGAACUCCAAGUUAAUGGAUUUGUGUUGAUCAUCGACUGGAGUAAUUUCACAUUUAAGCAAGCUUCUAAACUUACUCCAAGCAUGCUGAGAUUAGCCAUCGAGGGCUUACAGGACAGCUUCCCCGCCAGGUUCGGAGGCAUCCAUUUCGUCAAUCAGCCGUGGUACAUCCACGCACUGUACACAGUCAUCCGACCCUUCCUUAAAGACAAAACAAGAAAAAGGAUCUUUAUGCACGGAAAUAAUCUGAAUAGUCUACACCAGCUGAUCGUGCCAGAGAUUCUGCCCUCUGAGUUGGGUGGCAUGAUGCCCCCCUAUGACAUGGGCACAUGGGCCAGGACUCUGCUUGACCAUGCCUAUGAUGAGGAGACUGACUACUGCCCUGAGUCCUAUACCCUUUCUGUCAAAGACCUGGAGAAAGAUCUAUCUCCAAAAAGCAUGAAACGGUCCCAGUCUGUGGUGGAGCCAGGAGUCCUUAAACGGCCAGAAAAAAUCAAAAGUGAGGAGGAGAACAUGCAGCCUCUGCUUUCGCUGGACUAAAAGGCUUUUUUCCCCUCCUAGUAAUGAGCAAACAUCAAGGUCUGAACACUGGGGAGGAGGAUCACCCAGUUCCUAUAAAUGGAGUAUAAAAAGAAAAAAAAAUGUACAAAAGAUGUUGAACAAAAUGUAAGAUGUGCAAAGCAUCUGAGACAGUGUUUAAAGGGAUAUUUUUGAAUCAAACAACUAAUGGAAGACAUCAAUAUGUAAUUGUUAAGUGCCAAUUUGAACCUGUAAAUACACUUCAGCUGCAGGCGUAGGAUUCGGGGAUUAAACGUGACAUGAAUACAAAUGUAAAGACAGCUGUGAAUAAUCUGUAUGUGCUUCAUGUAGUGAGAGCAGUGUUGUAGGGUACUGAGGGCUUUUCAUUUUUUCAGUUUUCCAAAUCACUAAGUGCAAAGCUCAGGAUUUCUGGUCGUGAUUAGAAGGUAAGAUAGAAAGGCAUAUGGCUUUUAACAGUGUCGUAUAAAUAUAUAAUGCUUUCAUUAGAGUAAAUAUCGAACAGCCACUGUUCAGGUUUUCGUCUUUUGACUUUGCAACAACCCCUUUACACUCCAGCGGAGGCAUAACAGAUUACAUUUUUUUCACAGAUACAGUAUUAUUUUGCCACAGCCUGAACUUUGCCAUUAGAAUAGAAAGAGACUUCGUAUAGCUUAGAAGGUUUGUUAAUAUAUACAGUAUAUAUUUUUUCAUUUCCUUAUAGUGACAAAAUAUUCAAGACUUUUUCCAUCACCAUUUCCAGUCAGGAUGCUUUAAUCAAAGACUCAUGUGUCUACACUUUUUAGCUAGAUACAUUAAUAAUGGCUAGUGUAUGUUUCUUUUAAUAAAAUGAAUUAAAAAAACAGAGAAAAGCAUUAAUAUUGGCACCAUUGUAAUAGGCAGAAAUUAAUAUAUUUACUGUGUUGUGCUCACCUGACAGCAAUGAAUCCUCGUUUCAAUUGAUUAAAUCUAAUUGAAUAUAAAAUGUGACAGUGAUUUCUAAAACCAAUGAAAGAAACAGGACAGGAACAACAACUGACUAGUGGAUAUACUGGCUUUUCAGUAUUGUCAUCUCAUUAAGCGUGUUCAUACCAUUAUUUGAUUUGUUAAAAUUUCUGGAAAAUAUGCAUAUGAAACUAGAUUAACGAAUGCAUUUAAGUUACAUUUUCGAAAAGUUCCUUCUCAUACAGUUGAAGGUUUGAUGUAACAGAUUAUUUUGCGUUAUAAUUUCUAGUGCUGAGUGGAUUUUUAAAAUCAAAAUAGAACUUCUUUAAAAUGAUAAACAUCUUUAGUCCUUUAAUCUGUGAAGAUUCUCAGUAAUUUAGGAGCGAUUAUCUGGAAGUUGAGUCAUGUCAUCUGGACUUCUUUCUUGUUAGAUACGUUUCACUAUUUAUCCAAGUAGCUGUUUGAGAAGUUAGUAGCUGCUAGAGAAGCUACUUGGUAGAAGCGACUUGACCUACAGUAACUUCUCUAAGAUAUCUGCAAAGCGUUGAAUUUAAAUGGGGUCCUGGGGUUAUUUACAGUGUUACUGGUGCUCCUCUGUGAUCAUUUCUGUAUAGAUUGGCCAUGUCAGUGUUUUUCCUCCAUCCUGCUUUGAAGAAGUUACCUGCUGAAUUACAAAAUACUGACUGCUGACCAAACACAGCGGUCUUCUGAUCAUUUUAGACGAAUCAGGGUGAAGCUGUCCUGGAUUGUAUUAGUGUUCAGCUGUGGCUACUUGGUGUGUUCAGGCGAAUAUAUUCACCACUAUAUGGAGACAUAUAAAAAAAAAAAACGUCUUACCAGCAUUCCCCUGAUAAACCAAUCUAGUCCAAUUAGGGGUUUUGAAAUAAUGCACUUGAAAGUCUUUAGUUUUUUUUCCUACAAAGCAUAACCAUUUAAAUAUACCUUAAAGAACACUAGUUUCAAAUAAGGCACAGCUGAAGUGUACUUUCCUACAUGUCCAGGGACCCCUUUAUGGGACUGUAUAAUAUCUUCCACAUACCCCUUCCACAAUUACAAAUUUGUUUUGUGAACUUUAUUUAAAUAUGUACAAUGCAAUUUUCUUUACUUGUUCGAGCUAUAAUGCUUUUCCCCCUUAAUUUUCUA